AUGAAAGGAGUUUUAUUAAAAGGUUUAAAUAAAAUAGUAUUUAGCAAAUGUUUGAAAAAACCAAUUUUGGAAAAAAAUAUUUAUUCUAAAGAAAAAAAUGAUUUGUUAAUAAAAGUAACAGCAGUUGGUAUUAACAGAAUAGAUAUUUUAAUAAAACAAAAUAAAUACUUAUCUUUUCCCAAAGAUAAAAGUUUAGGUUUAGAAAUAAGUGGGGUUGUAGAAGAAUCUAAUUGUGAAAAAUUUCAGAAAAAUGAUAAGGUUUGUUCACUUUUAAAAUAUAAUGGAUAUAAUGAAUAUGUAAUAGCAAAUUCUUAUCAUACCAUUAAAUUAGACAACUCAUUAUCUUUUAUUGAAGGUGCCGGUUUAUUAGAAAGUUUCUUGACAGCUUAUAAAUUAAUUUAUUUUAUUGCUAAAUUUCCUAUGAUUAAUGGAGAUUUUAUAAAAGAAAAAAAUAUUACUAUAAACAAUAAUGAUAUAGACUUAAAUAGAAAAGAAGAUAUUUUAAAUUAUGAUAUAGAUUUUAUAAAUGAAGAAAAAAGUAAAAGUAUAAAUAGAUUAUAUGAUAAUUAUUUUGAAAAUGAAGAAAUAAAUGUUAUAGUAUAUGGUGCUCUAAGUAGUGUUGGUGUAAAUUUAUUACAAUUACUAAAUUUUGAGAAAAAAAGAAAUAUUCUUAAAAUUAAUAAAAUAAUUGCAGUAACUUCAAAUGAAUUAAAAGCGAAAAAAGCUUUAGAAUUAGGUGCAACAGAUUAUGUUUAUCACAAUAAAGAAAAUUUUGUUGAAAACACAUUGAAAAUAUCAAAAAAUAUUAAUUUAAUUUUUGAUUGUGUUGGUAAAAGUAUGUUUGAAAAUAAUUUAAAAAUAUGUGCUCCAGAUACUAAAUGGAUUUUAUAUGGCUUAUUAGGAGGAGCAAAACUUUCCAAUUUCAAUUUAUAUCAUUUAAUAAAUAAAAGAAUACUUUUACUUAAUUCCACCCUUUAUGAUAGGAGUGAUUUAUACAAAAAAAAUUUAAUAAAGUCUUUUGAAUAUAAUUUAUUACCAUUAUUGAAAAAAAAAGUUUUGAAAUGUUAUAUUCAUGAAGUAUUAAAUAUUGAAAACAUUGAAAAAGCACAUUAUAUAAUUGAAAACAACUUAAAUAUAGGUAAAGUUGUUUGCACAUUCUGA